GAGUGUGUGGAGUGUGCGGAGAGUGCGGAGAGUGGACGGGCACGGCGAGGACUAGGCUGCGAAGGGAGGCAUGGCGGGCGCGAUCUGAUCGGGCGGUCGCGGCGUCCGCCCGCGCUCCGCCGGCCUCAUGCGAGCGCCGGAGGUUUUAUGGGUCUUUGCGUGAGCUGCCGGCGCCGCGAGCGAAAGGCACCCGAGAAGCGCUGGGUGCCGGGAGCGGGCGGGCCCGCUAAAGGCGCGGCGGCGGAGUUGCUACCGCGGCGCGUCCACCUGCCAGCCAUGGCAAACUCAAUCUCCAACAUCAAGAUGACCAACCCUAUCAAGGGUAUGGUGAGCAGGCGCCGAAAACGAUACGUAAAGGACGGCUUCAAUUUGGACUUAGCAUAUAUAACAGACAGGCUUAUAGCCAUGGGCUUUCCCGCUGAAAAGCUGGAGGGCGUUUACAGAAACCACAUAGAUGAGGUCUUCAGGUUCCUGGAGAAAAUGCACAAAGAUCACUACAAGAUAUACAACCUCUGCGCGGAGAGGAGCUACGACUCUAGUAAAUUUCACGAAAGGGUGGAGCGGUUCGCGUUCGAGGACCACGCGCCUCCGAAGAUCGAACAGAUCCGACCGUUCUGCGAGAACGUCCACGAGUGGCUCAACGAGGACUCGAGGAACGUCGCCGCCGUGCACUGUAAAGCUGGGAAGGGACGAACAGGAACCAUGGUCUGUUGUUAUCUUCUGUACAGCGGGCAGAAGGCGACGGCGGACGAGGCUCUCAAAUAUUACGGGAAGAAACGAGCUCACGAUGAAAAAGGUGUGACGAUACCGUCGCAGCGGCGCUACGUGGAGUACUUCGCGGCGCUGGUGCGCGACGGGCUGUCGUACCGCGCCACGCGCGUGCACGUGCGCGAGCUGCUCAUGUCGCCGCCGCCCGCGCUCACCGGCCUGCAGGCCACGCUCGAGCUCAGCGUGUCGCAGGUGGAGCCGGCCUUCAAGGCGGGGCUGGGCGCGCACGAGCUGCGGCGCAGCGACGCGGCGGCGCGCGUGUCGCUGGCCGCCUGCACGCCGCUGCAGGGCGACGUGCGCGUGGACGUGUACUACAAGCCCAAGAUGAUGAUGCGCAAGGAGCGCCUGUUCCACUUCUGGUUCAACACCUUCUUCGUCACCGCCUGCGUCGGCGCCACGCCGGUGCCGGCGCCGCACGACAGUCCAAAUUUAGAAACGUUCAAGCUGACGCUAGACAAGUGGCAGUUAGAUGACGCGCACAAAGACAAACAACAUAAAAUGUACAGUCCCGACUUCAAGGUGGAGCUAAUAAUUCAGAAGCAGCCGGAGUCAUCGACGUUCAGUACGCAGUCGCUCCGCGCGCCCUCUACACCUUCCACCGCGUCUUCCUGCUCCGACGCCGACGAGCACUGGGACUCCGGGGCGGGGUGCGAGCGCGUGGGCCGCUACCGCCCGCUGUCGCCCGACAACAACACGCACACGUAAAUAUACAAGACACGCGCGACUCGUGUACGUUACACGCGCUCGGGACUUUGUUCUUUCGCGCCGCUUGUAGUUCCAUUCGAAUUUUGAAUAUUUAAAAUUUUUGAAAUUGGAAGUUAGUUUUUUUAUUAUUAUUCAUUUUAUUUGUAUUAAAUGGUAGUCUUUUCUAUGACUAAAGUGGCCCGAAUGAACGUUUAUAUUGACCAUCUAGUGUUUGAGUUAUAAAUUUGUCAUAACGAAUUUACUUUGGUUGUACUUUGGUUUUUCCAAUUUGCCAUUUACAUUGUAGUAUAUAUGAAGAACUUAGAAUUUUUUAAAUGUAAUUUCUAAAACGAAAUAAAAUAAAAUAUACUUUAAAAAUAACAAGUUGUAAAAUAAAUUUGUAUACCAAAAAAAUCGUCCGGAAAUUUGUCAAACACUGAUGGUCAAAUAAAAAAGUCAAUCGAGCACUUUUACUUUUUUUUUUGUGAAUAAACUCGUUCAAGGCACGUAACAAUACUACACCCCGGCUUACUCCUGAGCUAUAAAAAUAAUCGUGCUAUUUAUAACAAUUUUGGAAAUGGCGAUUUAGACCAACUUAUAGAACUCUCUCAAAUCUAUUUUUUUAGAAACAAAUCACCGUGUUUUACUAUAUUUCAGCACUAUUGUAUGCGUUAUGGCGCUUGCAACAAUGACAAA